AAAAUCAUUCGUGUGCUCUUCAUUGUUGGGCGACUCGACAGAGUUUCCAUUUCAGACACAAAACUAAACUAGAAACAAAACCGCCGUUCAGUUUCUGUUAUCGCAGUCUUCUUCCAUUUUUGACUCAGUUACUCAUAUCUCUCUUCCCUUCUCUUAGACAGCUACUUAAGCUGAGGAAAUCUGGGUUUCCUUUGAUAAUUCCAUUUUGGAAGCUUAAAGUCCUGUAUGUGUCCCGGAUCUGGCGUUGUGAACCCCAUUUUAACUGCACCAUGAAUUCAGCUGAUGAGUUCUGUUCUAUGUGUAUUAUCAUUUUAGUCUCCUUGUUGUUUCAACUUGUCUUAGCUGCUGAUUAUGUUCCAACUGAGAAAAUUCUUCUAAAUUGUGGUGGGAAAUCUGAGGCCACCGAUAAUGAUAAUCGGAAAUGGACACCUGAUGUUGGGUCCAAGUUCUUGUUGGGAAGCGGGAAUUCGGUGGCUUCCCAAGCUGCCACGCAAGAUCCUGCCGUUCCCGAAGUUCCUUACAUGACAGCCCGUGUUUUUCGCUCCAACUUCACCUAUAGUUUCCCGGUCGUACCUGGUCGGAAAUUCCUUAGGUUGUAUUUCUAUGCUAAUUCCUACGAUGGGCAGAUUGCAGCCAAUGCUUUGUUUUCGGUCACUUGUGGUUCCUACACUCUUCUUAAGAAUUUCAGUGCUGCUCAAACCAGUGAAGCUUUGAAUUAUGCUUUUGUUGUUAAGGAGUAUUCCAUCAAUGUGGAUGAUGACCAUUUGAACCUAACAUUUACUCCUUCCACUCCCUCUAAUGCCUAUGCGUUUGUCAAUGGGAUUGAGGUUUUGUCAAUGCCUGAUAUUUAUGGUAAUGCCGAUGGGAUAUCCAUUGUCGGACAGAAUAUUCCCUUCACCAUCGAUAAUAGCACUGCCCUUGAGAAUAUUUACCGACUGAAUGUCGGUGGAAAUGAUAUCUCUCCUUCGGCUGAUACAGGUCUGUUUAGGUCUUGGUAUGAUGACCAGCCAUACCUGUUUGGGGCUGCGUAUGGAGUUUCGGGGGCUGCUGAUCCGAAUGUCACUAUCGAUUAUGGAACCAUGCCCACUUAUAUUGCUCCAAAAGAUGUAUACGCCAGUGCUAGAUCCAUGGGGCCGAAUGCUGAAAUAAACAAUCAUUACAAUUUAACUUGGAUGUUCAGUGUGGACUCUGGAUUCUCCUACUUGGUCAGGUUACAUUUCUGCGAGUUUACUGAUAACAUCACCAAGAUUAAUCAGAGAGUGUUUGAUGUGUUCCUAAACAAUCAAACAGCCGAUCAAGGGGUCGAUGUGAUUGCCCUGGCAAGUGACCAAGUUGAUGUUCCUGUGUAUGUGGAUUACGUUGUUAUUGUUCCUGGAGGGAAUUCACAGCAGGAUCUUUGGCUUGCAUUGCAUCCAGACACGAGUGGCAAGCCCCAAUAUUAUGAUGCAAUCUUAAAUGGUGUGGAGAUAUUCAAGAUAAGUGAUCCGAAAAGCAACCUUGCAGGGCCGAAUCCUGUCCCUGGUCCAAAACAGGACGUAGUCGAUCCAUCAUUGGCUUUGCCAUCUCAUCAAGGUUACUCGAAGAACCAGAAGGCAAUUAUUGCUGGUGGAGUAAGUGGUGGAGUGGUUCUAGCUCUUGUUAUUGGUUUCUGUGUUGUUGCUGCUUCGCGCCGUCGUAGGCAUGGAAAGGAUCCUAGCACGAGUGAUGGUCCAUCAGGAUGGCUUCCUCUUUCGUUGUAUGGAAAUUCACACUCUGCAGGUUCAGCAAAGACAAAUACCACAGGGAGCUAUGUUUCCUCCCUUCCUUCAAACCUUUGUCGCCAUUUCUCAUUUGCUGAGAUCAAGGCUGCCACAAACAACUUUGACGAGGCUUUAGUCCUUGGGGUGGGAGGUUUCGGAAAAGUUUACAAGGGAGAAAUUGAUGGCGCAGCAACUAAAGUUGCAAUCAAGCGUGGCAACCCACUAUCUGAGCAAGGUGUGCAUGAGUUUCAGACUGAGAUAGAAAUGCUUUCCAAACUCCGCCACCGCCACCUUGUUUCGUUGAUCGGUUACUGUGAAGAGAACUGUGAGAUGAUCCUAGUUUAUGAUUAUAUGGCUUAUGGAACGUUGCGUGAGCAUCUCUACAAAACCCAAAAGCCGCCUCUUCCAUGGAAGCAAAGGCUUGAAAUAUGCAUUGGUGCUGCUCGCGGUUUACACUAUCUUCACACUGGUGCCAAACACACUAUCAUUCACCGUGAUGUGAAGACAACCAACAUUCUUCUGGAUGAGAAAUGGGUAGCGAAAGUUUCUGAUUUUGGAUUGUCGAAAACUGGCCCCACAUUGGAUAAUACUCAUGUGAGCACUGUUGUGAAGGGUAGCUUUGGCUAUUUGGAUCCUGAGUAUUUCAGAAGGCAACAGCUAACUGAUAAGUCCGAUGUUUACUCAUUUGGGGUCGUCCUUUUUGAGAUCCUUUGUGCCCGUCCAGCAUUGAAUCCUACGCUGCCAAAGGAGCAAGUGAGCCUUGCAGAGUGGGCUGCACAUUGUCACAAGAAAGGCAUCCUUGAUCAGAUAAUGGAUCCGUAUCUGAAAGGGAAGAUAGCACCGGAAUGCUUCAAAAAGUUUGCUGAGACUGCAAUGAAGUGUGUAGCUGAUCAGGGAAUCGACAGACCGUCCAUGGGUGAUGUGCUAUGGAACCUGGAGUUUGCUUUGCAGCUGCAGGAGAGCGCUGAAGAGAGUGGCAAGGGAAUUAGUGAAUUGGAAGUUGAGGAGGGGACCUACGAUGUAACCUGUAAAGGCAAAAAGGAUCCUAAUGCAUCCCCUGGUUUUGACAUAAAUGUGGCAGAUUCGAGGAGCAGCGGCAUGAGUAUGAGCAUCGGGGGUCGCAGCCUAGCUAGUGAAGACUCUGAUGGGUUGACACCAAGUGCUGUUUUUUCACAGAUCAUGAAUCCGAAAGGGCGUUGAGGUUUCAUUGUAUUCAUUUACUUAUUUAGUUACUAUACAUAGUACUUUUUUUUUUCUAUUUACCACUUUCACUGGAUAUGUUUUGAGCGCAGUGAGUAAUUUGUAGCUGAAAUUUAAUGAAGAGUGGAAAAAUGAUGGGUUGUACCGUCAUUUGCAUUUAA